UUCCACGAACAUGGAUGCCUAGAAUGUAUACGGUGCUGUUGAAACUCCAAAUGGCUAUCAGCAAUCGCAUAAUUAGAAGCUUGUUACUGUAUCCAUAUGCUAAAAUGUCCCGGUUCAAGAAUAUGCUCAAUGGCCGCUUUGUGCGCAAAUGCUGGAUAAUUUUAAUGAUGUUUAUUGUGAUAUGCAUUUUAACGAGUUAUUAUAUGAUGCUAAAUCGCCAUAAAUUUAUAACUUUCGAAAACCAUACAGUUUACACGGAAUUACGGACUAAGCCACUCUUUGUCGAGAAACAAGCUGUUACUAGUGUUAAAGAAAUGUGUCAACGACUGAUUCCUGAAAAGAAUACAACAUACAUCAGGGAAGCAAAACGUUACAUGGCUACGCAUCCGAGAAUGGUCAUUCUACCAGAAUCGUAUAAAGAAUACACGUCUAAUUGUUCGAGAUUCGUGUCUAAUCGAGGCUACAUUGUGGAUAAAAUAACAGACGAGGAGAUAGAUUUCCCAGUUGCGUUUACCUUAAUGGUUUAUAAACACGUGGGUCAAAUAGAACGAUUACUAAGAGUUAUUUAUAGACCACAUAACGUCUACUGCAUACACCUGGAUAAAAAAUCCUCUAGCGUUAUAUAUCACGCCUUGAAGUCGAUUGUGAAAUGUCUUCCCAAUGUAUUCCUGGCUUCACGACGUGUAGAUGUCGUAUGGGGACAAUUCAGUGUUCUGGAACCAGAGAUCAUAUGUCUAAAAGAUCUCUAUGAACAUAAAGUAAAAUGGCGAUAUGUGAUCAAUUUAACCGGCCAAGAAUACCCCUUAAAAACAAAUUACCAACUUGUUAAAAUAUUACAAGCUUAUAAAGGUGCUAAUGAUAUAGAGGGUGCUGCCAAGAUAUUGAACAAAGAUCGAAUUGCUGGUCGACCGCCGACACCGGGUGGUAUUACACCGUGUAAAGGUUCCCUACAUUAUACAGCCUCCCGACAGUUUAUAGACUAUGUUCUACACAAUAAAACGGCUCAAGAUUUUCUAGAAUGGUGUAAGCUAAUUGGAACACCUGAUGAAACAUAUUUCACUUCUUUAAACAACAAUAAACAUCUACAAAUACCAGGAUCAUACAUAGGAGAUCGAGAGAAGCGGAACAGGGAUUAUUUUACCCGCUAUAAAAUCUGGUACAGUGUAGAGUUAUGUGGUAGCGGUUACUUUCGUCACGCUGUGUGUAUUAUGGGAGUAGCUGAUUUGCCGGUUUUGACCAAGGCACCACACUUAUUCGUCAAUAAACUGCUUUAUGAAUUUGAGCCGUUGACAUUUGAUUGUUUAGAACAGUGGUACAUGGACCAAGUGAAAUCAGAAAUGGCGGGAAAUUUAGUCUUCAGUACAACUUUAUAUGAACAAAGUACAAUUGUGAAAUAUAGAUAUAUACCAUCAUGAUUCAGGUUUAAAAUGGAGAGAGAGGGAGAGAGAGAAAGAGAGGGAGAGAGAGAGAGAGGGGGUUUAACGCCCACUCGACACAAACUAGGUCAUUUCGGGACUAACUUAUGGUUUAAUUUCAUUUAAUAACUCGGUUGCGCGUAGGGUUCUUUAGCAGUUUGGAGGAAACAGGAGGUCCCGGAGAAAAACCACGAGGCUGGACAGGCGACCCUUCUCCUUGUCACGUACAGCAGGGGAUUCGAAACCACGUCAGUUGACUCAAUGACAGGCCUUGUGAUACAGCGCGCACGUGCUAACCAUUCGGUCAUCCCCCCCCCCCCGUGUAAAACGGAAUCGCGUGGUUUGUUAUUUGUGGACAAUGGUGUGGUGGCAUUUUUUUACCAUAAGUUAUUUAUAAAGAUAGCUCAAAAUAGAUAAUGUGAAAUGAAAAUAUUAAAAAUUUCAUUCAGAUUACUUUAUUCUGAGUCAAGUUAUUACUGUUUGUAGUUUUGACAAGAUGUGUUCAUUGUGGUAACCAGGGCACUGGUAUAUUGGAGACUUAGCUUCGCUUUCCCAUUUUUAAAUUAAACUAUUAAAUGGCGAACCGAUGCAAUCGAGGGUUGAUUAUGGUCUUGUUUUGUUAAUAAAUAUCUAAUUAAUAGUUUAUAUAACAUUACAGGCCUAAAAAAAACCCCGCAAUCGACAGAUUUAGCUUUGACAUAAUAUAUUGUGUGUACAUUAAAGAUGCAUUAUGUACGAUUAAGAUAAAGAGCUGGUCGUUCUCGCUAUAAUAGUUUAAAAAUAUAUAAUGAAAAAUAUGUAUUCAUGGUAAGGCCAAGUCAGUUACAUUUUCUGUUUUUCAUGCUCUUGAUAAAUAAAAAUUCACUUGAAUCACGUGAAAGGUGUGUAGUUUAAAAUUUAGAAACUUAAAUAUUUUUAACUAAAAGCAUUUAAAAAGCACAACAAAGUUCUUUCGGUUUUUACAUAAAUCUUUUUAGCGAAGAAACAGGAAGGAUAAUUUGUACAGUUGUUCCUGAACAACAACAGAAUUCAAAUUGGUGUGAUCGACCUAAGCUAAAAUCAAUAUUGUUUGAAAUGGAUCAAUAUUGUUUGAAAUGUAUCAAUAUUGUUUGAAAUGUAUCAGUAUUGAAAUCUAAUUGGUGUUUUAAUGUCGAAUAUUAUCAAUAAUAUUGAGUUAGAGCUAUAUUCUAUAUUCUUUUUCAUAUUUCUUUGAGAUUGCGCAAUUUUUCCUUGAAAAAAGUAGUUUUAGAGAGAGAGAGAGAGAGAGAGAUUGGUACAUAAAAUACAUCCUUCCAUGUUGCCGUCUUCCCUGUCUGUGUGGUUGUGUAUGUAUGUGUGUGUGUGUGUGUCGUCUACAGGCCACAAUUCUUCAGUGAUCGUCUUGAAAUUUUACAUACUUAUUCCUGAUACACUAAGGAUGAUCCCUGUUAUUUUUGGUGCAUACCCGAACCCCAGCGCCAGAACCACGCAUUUAGUUAUAUUUGAGUGUUUGUCUUCUACAGGCCGCAUUUCUUAACGGAUCCACUUAAAACAUUGCAUACUUAUUCCUUAUACCCUAAGGAUCAUCAAUACUGUUUUGCCCCUGGAUGGCAACUAUUAAUUUUGGUACAGGAUUCCCCCCGCCCCCAGCACGCUUGGGCUGUACCCCACCCCUUUUUGUUAAUAUUUUUUCUAUAAAUAAUCUACAAUUUGAUCCAGGUCCAGCCCCCAGCCCAAUUUUAGUGUUUUUCGUUUACAUACUGGAAUUGUUAAUGGAUCAUAAUAGCAACUAUUUAUUUUGGUGCAUAUCCCGACACCAGAAGUUGUGUCACACCCACUCUUUAGUUACUUUUUUGUCCGUAAAUACUCUACAGGUUUCAAUUAUGAUCAGAUUUUGUUCAAAUUCAGCAUAUCAAUCAUUUCAAUAACAGGGUUCUACCUAUUUAGAUUGUUUCAUCUCCAACCCCCACAAUUGGCUGCAAUUCUGAAUGGAUCAUCUUGGAACUUGGCAUAUUUAUUCCUUAUACCUUAAGGACAGCAACUAUUUAUUUUGAUGCAUUCCCCGAUCCCCUGGGGCGGUGUCACAUUCACCCUUUUGUUAAUAAUAAGUCUGCAAAAAUUUUGGCGAAACAAACACCUAGCCUUCUCUGCCUCUUGUCAUAUUACAGUUGUUGCAGCCUUUUCAUAUUUCAUUCCCUUCAUUUUAAAUAAAAACCAUAUCAAUCAAAGCAGGAAUGUGGACGUAUAUUGCAGCGGCGGCGUUGCUCUUGUUUAAAUGGUAAUCAUGAAAUCCUUAAAUUCGCAAACGCUUAAACGUAUGAAGGGAUUUAUUUGAUUUUUUUAUAAAAACCAAAGAAUGUAUGAUUUUUAAUAAUAAAACAAUUACAUGUUUCCGUUCCAAAUGCACAUGGCUGGUUUUUUCCACAAUAUUUAUACACAAUGUUUGGAUUAUUAGUUUCUUUACAAUCAGCUACCAAUUAAUGGUCGUAUAUUCUGCCACACGUUGAUUGUAGU